AUGCACGCGCUCUCGACGCCAUCGCGCGUGCACGGCGCGUUCAAGCGCGCGCCGUCCACGCGCGCGACGGACGAGCGACGCGCGUCGACGCCGCGACCGGCGCGACGGACCGUCGUCGCGUCGCCCGUCGUCGCCGCCGGACUCGGCUCGCUCUUCCCGUUCGGCGGUGAUAAGCCGUCGAACGCCGCGAAGGGCGCGUCGUCGAGCGCGAACGCGGGCGGGUUCUCCCAGGGCGCGGCGAACGUCGGUUCGACGAACGAGGUCGCGGAGGUCGUCGACGGCAUGCGACGGAAGCGCUUGGGGGACACGGACAUCCUCGUCAGCGAGUUCGCGCUCGGGACGCAGCGAUGGGGAGGCGCGGACUUCAACUCCCCGGACGAGAAGCUGUGUCACGCGCUCAUGGACCGCGCGGUGCUGGAGUGCGGCGUGAACCUCCUCGACACCGCGGAGCAGUACCCGAUCCCGUCGGACCGCUCGAGGCCGGAGGGCGACACGGAGAGGAUCAUAGGGAGCUGGAUGAAGAAGGACAGGUCGCGCCGAGAGAAGCUCGUCAUCGCGACGAAGAUCACCGGCGGCGGCAACGUCACGAAGAAGAACAUCAAGAAAGACCUCGAGGGGUCGCUGCGGCGCCUCGGGACGGACUACGUGGACGUGUACACGCUGCACUGGCCGGCGAGGUACACGCCGCAGAGCAACUGGGGGCAAUCGCUGCAGUAUCAUCAGGAGACGGAGGCGGCGCCGUGGUAUCGGAACCACGCGAGCUUCGAGGAGAUCGCGGAGGCGACGGGGGAGCUCAUCGACGAGGGGAAGCUUCGCGGGUGGGGGAUGUGCAACGAUAACGCGUACGGGCUCACCGCGAGCGUGUACGCGGCGCGCGCGAUCGGGAAGUAUCCGCCGUGCGUGCUUCAAGGCGACUUUAGCAUCAUCAACCGACGGUCGGAAGAGAACGGAGUGUCCGAGGCGUCGUCGCCGACGAACGAGAACGUCGGGUUCAUGGCGUAUAACGCCCUCGCUGGGGGCGUUUUGACCGGGAAAUACCUCGACGUCCCCGCCGCAGUCGACAACGCGCGAGACCCGAAGCUCGCGGAGAAGCUCCUGGAUAACCCGCGCGGGCGCAUGGACGACUACAGUUGGGGGAAGACGUUAUACCGGUAUCGAUCCGGCCCCGCGGAGGCGGCGACGCGCGAGUACGCGAAGAUCGCGAAAGAGGCCGGGAUGUCGCUCACGGAGCUCGCGCUCAGGUGGUGCCGCGACCGCGCGCUCGUCACGACGACGCUCAUCGGGCACACGAGCCUCGAACAGCUCGACGAGACGCUCAAGUAUUUCGGGAAAGAUAUCCGACCGCUGCCGGCGGAUGUGAACUGGGCGAUCGACCGCGUGCACAUGCGAAACCGGCUGCCGAUUUUCAGCAGCGAUCGCGUGGGGGCGGACUGGGAGGGCUCAGGGGAGAUCGGCGAACGCAUACCGUGA